UUUCAUGUAGAAAAAAGUAAUGGUUCCCACGUAAAUGAAUAGAACCAAGCAGAACUUGAAUAAUAAAACCUUUUGAUCAACCUUCAGCCUCGCCCUAUAAAUACCAUACCUGCUCCCUCACUUUUUCACAACUCAAAACCUCCCAUUCCAUCAUCUUCCUCUUCAUCAAUUUUUAUUUUCUUACUUUCCAAACACUUCUCAUAAUCAUGGGUGUUUUCACAUAUGAAUCCGAGUUCACCUCCGUCAUCCCCCCUGCUAGGCUGUUCAAUGCCUUUGUUCUUGAUGCUGACAACCUCAUACCCAAGAUUGCACCACAAGCAGUGAAGAGCACUGAGAUCCUUGAAGGAGAUGGAGGAGUUGGAACCAUUAAGAAGAUCAACUUCGGUGAAGGUAGCACAUACAACUAUGUGAAGCACAGAAUUGAUGGGGUUGACAAGGAAAACUUCGUCUACAAGUACAGUGUGAUCGAAGGAGAUGCUAUCUCUGAGACAAUUGAGAAGAUCUCUUAUGAGACUAAGUUGGUUGCUGCUGGCGGUGGUUCAGUCAUCAAGAGCACCAGCCACUACCACACCAAAGGUGAUGUUGAGAUCAAGGAAGAGCAUGUUAAGGCUGGCAAAGAGAAGGCCUCCCACCUCUUCAAGCUGAUUGAGAACUACCUCUUGGAGCACCAGGAUGCUUACAACUAAAUUCUUCUGCUGCUUCAAUGAUUUUCUAAGUUAUCUUGAUCAAAACUCUGUGUCCUCUUUGGCAUCAAAUAAUUGUGUGGUUUUCAUUUCCUUUUUUUUUUUUUUUUUUUUUUUUUUUUUUUUUUUUUUUUUACUUCUGAAACACUAUCUUGGCUUGUACUGGGAGCUUUUGAUUGAAGAGUGAAUAUUGUAUUUCCUUACAUUUACAAAUGAAUAAAAAUAAAAUCAUGGAUUUGAUGAUA